AGAGUGGAACUCAGCUCUUUAAUAUUUCAUGUGAGAGUGAGGCGAGAGGCUCCGACAGCGCAAUCUAGCUCACUUUUAGCUAGUUAGCGCUGACGCUAACUCUACUAGCCGGCUAGUUCUCGGGUCCAGCCUGCGGUUGACGUGUAAACACCACUUUCCUGCGAGAGGUCGGAGUUUCCUCUUUCUCCUUGGCUGUGUUUGUCGCAGAGCCAUGUCCUCCUGACUGAACCUGAGCCGGGAGAGUCGCUCUGACACGGUGAAGUUACGUAGGGAGCGUAGCUGUGGGCGGAUCUGCGCUAGCCAGUAGCAGCUAGCCAGUCGGGAAAGGCUAGCAAUGACGGAUGGGAUUAUUCCUGCCGGGAUCUGGAUUCUCAUCCGCCGGGCAUGAUUUCAUGGAGAGGACCGUACAAGGCCUGAGCUGAUUUUGUCAGCCUUGCGUAGGUUUGGAUUUCACCCCUCAAGUGUCCUUCGGAUAUCAGCUGACCAUGGUUGUCUGAACAGAGGAAAAAGCAGGAAGAAAGCCUGGCACAGUGUGCAUUCAGUACAACACAGCAAGGCUCCACCAAGAGAGGAGGAAGGACCUACCAGAGUGAAGAGAAAAAGCUAAUUUGAACUCAAAAUGUCUCAAAACAGAGAACUGGUGGUUUACUACAUACAGUAUAAACUCACCCAGACGAACUAUCCACUCAACCACAUUGGACUCAAUGAGCCCACAAACAGGACUGAUAGGGGGGAGACAGGCUCGGGUGAGGAACAGCAGACAGCGACGCAAGCCAACGGAACUUCUCACGGCAUGAAUACAGAGACCCCUCCAGAUUCCCCGCUGCGGCAGCAAAGGUUGCCAUCAACGACGAGUCUGGAUGCGGUGAAAGAGGCCCUGCGAGACUCAGCCAACGAGUUUGAGCUGCGAUACGCCCGCGCCUUCAGCGAUCUGCACAACCAGCUGCACAUCACGCCGGCCACAGCUUACCAAAGCUUUGAGAACGUGAUGGACGAGGUGUUCCGGGACGGCGUCAACUGGGGCCGCAUCAUAGGGCUUUUUGCAUUCGGCGGGGCGCUGAGUGUAGAGUGUGUGGAGAAGGAGAUGAGUUCGCUGGUGGACAGGAUCAUAGAGUGGAUGACAGUCUACCUAGACAACAACAUCCAGCCCUGGAUCCAAAGUCAAGGAGGAUGGGAGCACUUUGCUGAAAUCUUCGGGAACGACUCCGCGGCGGAGAGCAGGAGGUCUCAGGAGAGCUUCAAGAAGUGGCUGCUUGCAGGGAUGACCCUGGUGACCGGGGUCGUGGUGGGUUCACUCAUAGCCCAAAAACGCCUGUGAGAGAAGAUGGACAACCACCCCUUUUAACACUCUCCUCCCAUGAUCCUCCCCACCUGUUUCUUUCACUACCUUGAUCGGUCAUCAUGGAAGUUAAAAUGAAGAUCUUGUUUUUCUCGUCAGAACUGCUGAUGAUGUUUACCUUUGUUUCAUCCCCCCUCCUUACACAUCCCACGGUGGACUGAGAAUCCUCACAUGUUGUUGGACUUUUUGGAAAAAAGACUGGAGGGGGAAGGAGAUCUAGUAUUCAUGUUUUCAUCCUAUUCCACCCUGAUGAAACAUGCGUGGAUAUACGGAGACAGGCGUAUUAUUCUUUCAUUCACUCAACCAAUUGUCCCUCCGUCCCUUUUCUACACUUGUUUCAUUUUUCAUUUUGUAUGUAUGUAUGUAUGUAUUAGUUUUAAUAAAUUUUUUCCCAUUUUCAUCCUUAAAAAAAGGUAAAACCUGAUCCCAGAAUUCACAGUUCACCUGUCUGAUACAGAUCUGGCGUGUUGUGUGGCCUCUAUGCGUGUUGUCUUGAAAACUUGCAGCUCAACAAUAGCUUUGUAUGUGCCAUAUGGAGAGUGAGCGCAGGGGGAGGAUGUAGCACCUGCCCCUGAACAAGCUUCUAUAGUUCCCAUUUUCUGCCACCCUGCCAUUCAGAUCACCCACACACACUCAUAGCGUAUCGUCAAUAACCCAUGACUCCACAUACUUUCAUGCUCAUAGCUCAUGGGAGUUUUACACUUCAAAGCCCAAUGGGAAACUAAAUCCUCUGCUUGUUUGUGUUUAUUUGUGCAUUUUCUUUUUUGGAUUUCUGAACCUGUUGAUCUGAGCUUUAUAAUCAUAAAUUAUUUGCCUGCCAGAGCUGUGUGUGUAUGUGUGCGUGUGCGUGUGCAUGUUUAUUAAGCAGUAGCUAAGGAAAGCAGCAAGAACUGUAGCAUCACACAAGAGACAGAGUGGUGGCGGCCGUAGUCACAGCAACAGGUCCUUCCACAGCAUCAGUCGUGAUGGUUUGAUAUUUGGAUGUACUGCUUGAUUUAAGUUAUAAAUUACUUCAAUACCCCACCCCUCUAUUUAGCUUUCAUAGACAAUACAAAACUAUUCAUUAAAGGUUUACAACACACUGUAAUGUAAUUGCAAGCAGAUAUAAGAGCAAUUAAAAAAUGUGAUGUUUUUGUCACCAAUCUC